AUGUUUAUCAAUAAUAAUUGCACAGGUAUUAUCACAGAUAAUGAAGUUAACACCAACUGUGAUAAUUUUGAAGAAUCUGUUUGCCACAAACAAAUAUCAAAUGACUUCCCUAAAGAUCAUUUAUUACAAUCAGAUAAUUUUAUCAUAGAUAUUUUGAGGAAUACAAUGAAUGUAAAUGAAUCACAUCUUACGGCUGCUAUUAAUUACUAUCGAUCUUGUAUCACAAACUCUAAGGAGGAAACAUCGUCAAGAAAAGAGAAAAUUGUUCAAUUAAUAUCAUCUCUUUUCAACGGAUGGUCAUCGCCACUGUAUUCUGAUAAGAUCUCCUUCAAUAUUAGCAACAAUAUAUCUGAUAAUAAAUUGUUCAAUCUUACCAAUUUAAUUUUACCACUGAUAUUUCAAAAUGGAAAAGCAACUAUAUUUUCUCUAAAUGUAGUUCAAAGUAGAAACAAAAGUAUAAAUCCAUAUAUUUAUAUCGAUUGGAAUUUUUUAUUUGAAAGUGUAUUCCAUGAAAUCAAGUAUGAAUCAUACAAGAAUAUGAAAAUUAUCGUCUAUCAUCCAGACUUCUUGAAGAAUGUUUGUGAUAUACACAUGUCGGCUAUGAAUACAACGAGCAGUAAAAGAAUUCUGCAUACUAUGAUAGUGAUAAAUUUCUUAUACAAUAUGAGAAGUACCUUAAAUCAAUAUUUCAAAGAGUUUUAUUUCUUUGAUAACCUAAAAUUAUUAGAAAAAAUGCCAACAAGUUGUAUUGAUGAGGUGAAAGAAAAUUUCCCAUGGACAAUAGAACGACAUCACGAAUAUUCUACUAUAAGUGAAAGUAAAAAAAACGAGGUACUUGAAAUAUUUGAUGAAUUAAAGAUCACUUUGAUUCAAUUAUUAUCAUCGAGUUCAUGGUUCAAUGAAAACAAAAAAGGCACUAUUGAUCAGGUUAAAAAUAUUAGUUUAUCGAUAAUUUCAUCGGAAUCAUUGAAUGUGAAAGAGAGAGAGAGCGAAGAUUUUAUAUUCAAUAAUAAAAUUCUAGAAAAUAAUUACUUUAUGAAUGAAUAUUAUUCUCGGAAGACUAAACUCCUCAAAUCAUUUGGCGCAACUUUGGGUAAAUACGAUAAACCAGAAGUCUCCAGUUUCACGCCAUACAUAUCUGGAUUGAACAAAGAUCAUAACAUUCAUAUAUCUACUGGGUUUCUACAUCCACCGUAUUUCAAUGGAUCAUAUUCUAUGUCUGAAAAAUAUGGGAUUAUCGGUUGGAUUAUGGGACGUGAGAUUAUAUCUGCAGUUUCUAGUGACCAUCAGAUAGAUAAACCAGAAUCAUUUAAAUCACAACUAUGUUGUCUACAAAAACAAAACAAUUCCCGAGUACUUGGAAAAAAAAAUUUGAGAUCAUUGUCAAACGAUAUUAAUGGGCUUAUGUUAUCCUUUACAACAUAUGGAAGGAUUUGUAUGCAAAAUCGUAAAAAUCUAGAUGGAGAAUUGUUUUUCUCAACAUUUGCAAAGAUGAUGUGUGGUGGCUACUUUAAUGAUACGAUUAAUAACAAGUUCAAAUCGUCCAAGCUCAAAUAUACAUUCAGUGUUAAUGACGUUCUGAAACACAGUCAAGAAUUCUCCGACGUAUACCAAUGUCCAGUUGAUUCCAAAAUGAAUCAUGAAGAAAAAUGUAUUCUUUAA